AUGAGCUACUGCGGCAACUACUGCAGGGGCCUGGGCUCUGGCUAUGGAGGCUUCUCAGGCCUGGGCCAUGGCUAUGGCUAUGUCAGCUUCCCCAGGCUGGGCUAUGGCCUUGGCUACGGAGGCUGCGGAUACAGCUGCUGCCGCCCAGUCCGUUAUGGUGGAUACAGCUUCUCCGGCUGCUCCUGA